GUUUCCCAUUUUAAAUGUUGCAAGUCACGUCGUCAUCAAGUUCGAAUGACCUGUUAAAUGCGUCGGUUUCGACAUUAGUACGAGUUAGUAUAGAAACACAGUUAUGUAAUACAUGUACUAGUUUAAGUGAAAACUGUAAGCUGUAUAAUAUUAUAGAAUAGCCAUCUAUACUCCUGGUCAUAAUACUAGAAUGACAUCUACAAAAAUACCUAACAUUAAAUUAAAUAGUGGAUUUUAUAUGCCUGUUAUUGGUUAUGGCACAUUCAACUCGUUUAAGGAAAAUGAAGUACGAAAUGCAGCACGUGUAGCGUUAGAAGUUGGAUAUCGUCAUAUUGAUACAGCCUGGGUUUAUAAAACCGAGGAAGAACUUGGUGACGCGAUCACACAAAAAAUUAAAGAUGGCUUAUUUGAAAGGUCCGAUUUGUUUUUAGCAAGUAAGUUAUGGAAUACCCAUCAUCGUCCGGAAUCAGUGGAAGAAAUGUGUCGGGAUUCAUUGACGUCACUACGAACAGAUUAUCUGGAUUUGUAUCUGAUACACUGGCCAUUUGCUAUCAAAGCAGGUGAGAUAGAUGGAAGGAAGCCUCACGAUGAUGUUGAUUUUAUUGAUACUUGGAAGGCGAUGGAAGAACUGGUGAUUAAAGGAUUAGUUAAAACUAUCGGUGUUUCUAAUUUUAAUAUUCAACAAUUGAAACGACUUUUAGCUGCUGAUCUGAGAUAUAAACCAGCAGUUAAUCAGGUUGAAGUUCAUCCAUAUUAUACUAACAAUGAAUUAUUAGAUUAUUGUAAACAAGAGAAUAUUGUGGUCACUGCCUACUCUCCACUAGGUAGAGGAGGCACAGACAGUAGUGGCCCAGGAAAGUCACUUAAUGUACAUGAAGAUAAAACUAUACAAAAAAUAGCAACUAAAUAUAAUAAAACUACGGCACAGAUAGUAAUAAGAUGGGGGAUUGAUCGAGGAUAUACACUGGUACCAAAAAGUGUCACACCUGCUAGAAUUAAACAAAAUAUUGAGAUAUUUGAUUUCUCUUUGACUGAAGAAGAAGUUAAAACUAUCAGUAAUUUAAAUCAAGAUUUUAAAUGUGUUCACUUGAAUCAAUAUAAAGACUAUCCCGAGUAUCCAUUCUAAAAGGUCCUCCGGUUUCCUCUCACUGCUAAAGACGCGCAAGCGAAUUAUUGAAAUAAAAUUGAACCAUGGGUUAGUCCCGAAAUGACCUAGCUUGUGUCGAGUGGACAUUAAACCCCACCCCUCUCUCUCUCUCUCUCUCUCUGUCCAAUGUAAAAACUACAUGUUUAUUAUACCAUUUUAAGUAUUUACUGCCUACUAUUAUUAUAUUCAUAUAAUUUCUGUUUAUUAUAUUGAAAUGUUUACUGUAUUCCAUAUUGUAAUGUUCGUUUAUUUAUGUCAACUUAAAUAAAACAAUCUAAAGAAACUGUUA